AUGGCACCUCCAGUCGGCACACCACUGGACCUGGUCAUCCGCUUCUCAACGUCCAACCCCGACAUCGUCCUCACCCUCGACCAUCCUGACUCAACCACAUGCCUUUCCUUGAAGCAGCUCAUCCGCUCCCACCUUGAACUUCCCGCUUCCACCAGCCGAAUACGCCUCAUCCACGCCGGAAAGGUACUGAAAGAUAACGAGGCGGUGUCAAGAAGUGUUAGUGUCACCCUUCCGCCGCCAUCAUCAACGACUCGAGAUGACGAAGACAGGAAGAGUGAGAAGGCUCUGGGCAAGCAGCCAGUGCGCGAUGGAAAGCAGGCUCUGGCCGCGAGAGUCUACAUACACUGCUCCAUCGGCGAUCCCCUGACUCCCUCCGAACUCUCCUCCGAAGCCAAAGCAGCACAAGAGGCAGAUGCGGCAUUGGAGUCGAAAGCGCAACAAAAUGCCAUAUCAACGACUACCCAAGGUCAUGCCGCCUCGACCACUACCACCCCUGCUCCGCGAGGCUUUGAUCGCCUUCUUUCCGCCGGCUUCACUCCCGCAGAAAUCGCUACGCUUCGAACGCAGUUCCUCGCCAUCCAAUCCCACACCCACACCCCCGAUACCAUGCCGACCGGCGCGCAACUGCUCGCACUCGAAGAACGCUGGCUCGACAAUCCCUCCAACCCCAAUGCUGCCGGCGCGGAAGACACGGGUGGCUUUGGGGGCGAAGAUGCGGGGGGCCUGGAGGAUAUGCUGUAUGGCAAUUUGAUCGGCUUCUUCUGGCCGCUUGGCGCCAUGUUCUGGCUGAUAAGAGAGGACGGGGUGUGGUCGAAGCGGAAGCAGAUUGCCGUGUUAUCUGGCUUCUUGGUCAAUCUGGCUUUUGGCUUCUUGAGUAUUAUGAACUGA